CGCCACCAGGGAAGCCCCGAGAAGACUGUUUUACAGCAUCAGUGUUUAUCCUCACAUGGACCAUCUGUCACCUGCUGCAGGGCAAAACCUACUGAGAACAACAGGCGGCUAUUCUGUGAAAGGCUGUCUCCAUGUGGUGUCAGUGGCUCCUGGAAACUGCAGAAUUAGUUGGUCCUCAAAUAAUACGAUCUCACAGAAGGAGAGAAAACCAUCUCUUCUUCAGCAGCCUUAUCCAUCCCUGAGAAGGAUUCGAAUUGGCCUUGUUGAGGAGGAUGUGCAUGAGGAUAUGUUAUGUGCACUUUUGUUGCCAACCAACACCACAGCUGCAGAACUAUUCAAGUCCUUGAAUGAUUACAUAUCAGGAAAACUGAACUGGUCAUUUUCUGUCAGUAUAUGCACAGACAGAGUGGCUGCCAUGACUGGACGGCUUUCUGGUUUCACUACUCGGGUCAAAGAGGUCGCUUCUGAACGUGAGUCUACACACUGUGUCAUCCAUAGAGAAAUGCUGGCUAGCCGAAAAAUGUCACCUGAACUUAACAACGUUUUGCAGGUUGUGAUUAAAAUUGUCAACCACAUUAAAGUACAUGCCCUUAACUCACGUCUGUUCGCGCAGCUCUGUGAGGAGAUGGACACAAAGCACACACGUCUUCUCUUAUACAUAGAAGUGAGAUGGCUUUCUAAAGGUAGAUCACUGGUCAAAGUUUUUGAGUUACGUGAGCUGCUCCAGAGAUUUCUUUUAGAGAAACAGUCACCACUGGCAGCACAUUCCAGUGACACAGAAUGCGUCACAAAACUUGCUUACUUGUGUGACAUAUUCAACCUGCUCAGCAAACUCAGUCUGUCAUCACUUCGGGGGAGAAUGGUAGCUGUGUUCAAGUUGGCACAUAAAGUGGCUUCAUUCAAAGCCAAACUGGAAUUAUGGGGGCAACAAGUGAACAUUGGGACUUUUGUCAUGUUUCAAGCAUUAGCAGAGAUUUUGAAAGAGACUGAGCCAGGGCCUACUUUCUCCCUGCUGGUGCAUGUUCACCAAUCUCAGCUUUCAAAAGAGUUUGAGCAUUACUUCCCAACCACAAAAGACCCCCGAACUGGGAAGGAAUGGAUCCACAACCCAUUUGUGAAUAAACCAGUUGAAUCAACUUUAUCCGUGCUAGAAGAGGAUCAACUGCUUGAGAUCGCAAAUGACGGUGGCCUUAAAAGUUUGUUUGAGGGCUUCCCUGGUGGCGCAGUGGUUGAGAGUCCGCUUGCCGAUGCUAGGGGACGUGGGUUCGUGCCCCGGUCCAGGAAGAUCCCACAUGCCGUGGGGCGGCUGGGCCCGUGAGCCAUGGCUGCUGAGCCUGCGCGUCUGGAGCCUGUGCUCCGCAACUGGAGAGGCCACAACAGUGAGAGGCCCGCGUACAGAAAAAAAAAAAAAAAAAAAAAAAAUUU